AUGGCUGAAGCACUCGUUUCCGUGGUCCUAGAGCAGUUGAUUUCCAUCGCACGUAAACAGAUAGGAGAAGAGGUGAGGCUGGUCGUGAAUGUUGACAGAGAAGUUGAAAAUCUCAUCAACCAUUUCAAUGCUAUUCAAGCUGUGCUCCAGGAUGCAGAGGAGAGGCAGGUGAAGGAGGCCCGUGUCAGAAACUGGCUGCGGAGUCUGGAAGAUGUGUCGUACGACAUUAACGAUCUGUUGGACGAGUGGAACACUGAAAUUCUCAAGCAACAAAUUGAGAAAGAAGAGAAAGAAGGUGUUGCCCUUACAAAAAGGAAGAAGGUAUGCCUCUUCAUUCCCUCCCCUAGUGUUUGUUGUGGUUGUGGUCCAAUUGAUAAAGUAGUUAGGCGUCAUGACAUUGCUAAGAGAAUAAAAGAAACACAUGAAAAGUUAACUGAUAUAGCCAAUUCAAAACAAAAUUAUAACUUUCAUGAGAACACAAUUAGAGCCACUGAGAAACUUGAACGGGUUGAAACUUCUUCUUUUGUCCAAGUGUCUAGUAUAAUUGGUCGUGAAGAAGAGAAAAAUAGAUUAAUGAGCAUGUUGUUAAGUGAGAGUAGUCAACAAGGGCGGAGUCCAUUUGUUGUGAUCCCCAUUGUGGGGAUGGGAGGAUUAGACCCUUUUGAAGAGAUCAAGAUUGCCAGAGCCAUUGCUCAAGCUCUAAAUAAUGAUGAUGUGUGGACUCCAACCAUUGAUAAUUGGGAACCAUUAAUGGGAGCUUUACAAAAUAGUGCUAUAGGCAGUAGAAUAUUGGUGACCACGAGAAAAGACACGGUUGCUACUGUGACUGGAGCAGCCGCUGAUCACAGAAAGAGAUGA